CAAAUCAACUGAAUGUGUCGUUUUUCGCCCUUACACUGUGUAAACCAAUCAGAAGAAAGCUUCAGUUACGUGCAACCAAUGGGGACCCUCGUAUCCGAACUUCCUGUCUGUUUGCUCCUCCUUCUAAAGUGUAAACAAUGGCAGCCGAGGGAGAUUUUCUGAUACGUUACCGGGCGGUGUCAAAUAAACUGAAAAAACGUUUUCUGCGGAAGCCUAAUGUUGCUGAAGCAAGUGAACAGUUUGGUCAGCUGGCCAAGGAGCUCAAACAGCAAGACUGUCCUCAAUAUGCUGCCUUCUGUAAUCUCGCCAUGGCCCGCUGUGAGCAGACCCUGUUCAAUGCUCCAGGAGAAGCCCUGGCACUGACUGAUGCAGCCCGACUCUUUCUGGCCUCGGAGCAGGAGACCAGAGCGCUGAGGGCUCCCGGCUUCGAUGAGAAUAUGCAGGCAGCAAUGAACUGCUAUAGUUUUGCUAUUAAGGUCUGUAUUGAGAUGAAUCAGCCUGUUAUGGCGGCCAGUCUCUCACUGGAGCUUGGCAAUGCUCUGAAGGAGAUGAACAGACCCGGGGAGGCGAUAGUUCAUUUCCAGAGAGCCGCAGAACUGCAGAUUCAGACUCCAAUUGAGACCCUGCUGUCACUGUGGGAAAUGGCCUCCUGCAAAAUACUGACCCGCGAUUACGAUGGCGCUCUUGCCGUUCUCUCUGAGAUGCAGCACAUGUGUCAGGAAAGAGGACUACAGCUUCCAGGGACAAACACCCCUGUCGGUGCAUUUAUGGAUAUCAUAGCAAAGUGUGAAAUCUCCAGGGUAUUACUUCUUAUGCUGCUUGAGCCUCCCCCUCAAAAGCUGCUCCCUGAGCACGCUCAAACACUAGAGCGAUACGCCUGGGAAUCCUUCGACUCACAUAGUCAGGUAAACUUCCUUCCAGAAAAUGUGUUCCUCCUUCUGCAAUCAGUUGUGAUGGCCUGUCAGGAAAAGGAUACAGAAUCUCUCAAGGCUCUCCAGACGGAGCUAUGGCCACUCCUUUCGGCAGAACAGAAUCAUCUCCUCCACUUAGUGGUUCAGGAGCGAAUUACACCCUCCGGUCAGGGCAUAUGAUUCAGUGCAAUACACCCCCACAAAACAGUUCUUAUUGGAACGUUCCUAUGCCAGUGCCUGGUGCAUUUUGCAUGAGGACUGCAGAAGGUCACUGAACCUACCAGAGCUGUACAUACACGCAUGAACAUUUCUAAACAAACUCGCUUUAGUGAUUUGAAUCAACAUUUUAUUGUCCAUUUUCAAUAAUGGUAAGAUAUCGUGUUGAAAAUGUAAAUGAUUAUGUUGAAGCUUAUUUAGAGUUGUAAAAUAUUGAUGUUGUGAAUAAUAAAAUAACAAAAGCGA